AUGAGAUGGAAGGAUCCCUUCAUAACGGUCACCUUCCCAAACAAAGUCAUCCUGACCAUUGGCUCGCUGGUCCUCUUCCUCAUCCACACGGGCGUCAUCAUCGGCGACAUGUAUCACUUCCUCAUCUCCCAAAGGGGAGACCUCAUGAGCUUCCGUUAUACGCUAGUGCUGUUGUUCUCCCAUGUGACCAGCUUUUACUUGGCCCUUCUGGCAACCAUCUACACCUUACAAGCUGAAGACAACGUCCUGAUGUGCUUCGCUUUGACAUCUUUUACCUUGAACUUUGGCCUGUUCCUUGCCCGCUUCUGCAUGGACUACUUAACCAUUGAGUACAGAGAGGAGCAAUACUGAAUCACAGCCCCAGAGGAGGAGGAGGAAGAAGGGGAGAGAAGGAACGCUGCUGCCCUCCCGACCAGGCCUGGAGGGGUCUUUGUCCAGCCUGUCUCUGCGGGUGAAAGCAAGGCCCAAAGGCCAAGCAAGA